AUGCCCAUCUUCCACCGCCAUCAUCCACCUCCAUUCAAUUUGUUCAAUUCGCUCAUGUCACACAAACUCUCCUCACAGGUCCUGGCAACAUCCUCACCGUCGCCGACGAUCUUCCGAAAAACGAUGCCGGCCGAACAAAGGACGCAGCGUGAGGAGGAAGCUGUAGGUGACCUUGAAGACGACUCGGAAGAUGAGGAAGAGGAGGAUUGCGGUGAGGAUGAGGAGGUUCUAGGAUCGGAGGAUGAUGAUGAGGAUCUGGAUAGAAGAAGGCAACGGAGGAUGAAGGUAGCAAUGAUGAAGAUGAUGAGAAGGAUGAGGAAGAUGGACGACGAAGAAGAGGAGGAUGACGAAGGAGAGGAGGUUAUGACAGAAGAGCAGGAAAUGGAACAAGGCAAACGAAUGUUCAGUAUCUUCGCCCCACGUCGCCCAAGAUGCGGGAGCUCGAGGACGAAGACAAGAUCGCUCAAGAAACGUGAGGUGAAGAAGCAGAAUGCGAACCAGGAGACAAAUGAUAAGAGAAAGUGUGUUCCCGUUCGCUACAUAUUUUUUUCUUCAAUGCUCAUCUCAUCGCAACAGAAGCUCGCAAAAGAAUCUGAGAAGGCUCGUCGGGACGCGAGAAACCCGCCUCCGAAAAGGCCGCCAAAGCCCAACAAACUGCUCCCGAAGAGGAACAGCGAAUUCGAAAAGGCAAAGAAAGAGGAGGAGAAGCGGAAGAGAAAGGAGGAGGAGAAGAAACGGAUUGAGGGUAGAGAAGGAACGAGAGAAGGAACGGGGGAGAAAGGGUAUAUCCUCAUCCUCAACGUUCGCGCUAUGUCCGAACAACUGCAGACAACUGGGAAAUGCAAACAUGACAAAUUUCUUCCGCUCAACGAGCCUCCGUUGAGACGAGGAGUCGCUGAUAGAACCUGCUUUCACGUCACGCCUGUUUACUAUCUGGGCUGGUAUAUUCCUGGAGACGAGAUUCCCGACUACUAUCCGGAAGCUGGAGGCGAAAUGCCGACCUUUUGGACGAAAGAGGUUAUGAUACCUUGGGUCAGAGAUUACGAUGCCAAGUAUAAGAGCCAUGAACGAAUUGGCAUAUGUAACUGGAACAAAGGAACCACAUCUUUUGGUCUUCAUUUCCAGCAACCGUACCCAAGAGUUCAUUGA